UUAGAGUUUUCUCCUUAAUUUUAAUUCCAGUUUUAAUGUCUCAACAACAACCAUUUUUACUAGAAAAUGACGAAAGAUUUUCAAAUUUGUCACCAAUUCAUGAUGAAAUUGAACGUGGAGCUGGAGAAGAUGAUUUUGUUAGUUUUUCAGUGGUUGAUUCAUCUGAACAGGGGCAUUGGUUUGAAGUUGUGAAGCAUGACGCUAGGGAAAUUUAUCAAAUUGUUAAAGCUUUGGCAUUUCGAGAGUAUUGUACUUUAAUUGUUAAUAAUGAAGGUAUUAGAGUAGUAAUUGAUGAUCAACAUAAUCAACAAGCAAGUGCUUAUUUUAAAUAUGAACAAUUUUCUGAUUAUAAUAUUCGUGUAAAUGUUUGUAAUUUGCGAGUGCCUAUAGCUGUUUUUAUGGAAGCUUUAAAUAUGUUUACUGGAAAUACUUCUGUUCUCAGAAUGUGGUAUGACGGGGAAGGAAGCCCUUUAAUGGUUUGUCAGGAAGAUGAAGGUAUUGUUGUACAAGCAGCAAUUCGAACAUUAAAUUUACAAAGUAUGCUUGAUUUUGAAUUUACAAAUACUUAUGUAAUGUGUAAAGCAAUACUUAGCCCAACUCCAGUUAAAGAAAUCCUUCGAGAUUUGGAUAAUUCUGCAGAAACUGUUAUGCUUAUAUUUACACAAAAUUAUAUUGCUUUUUAUACAGUUGGAGAAUUGGGGAAAAUUAAGAUUGAAUUACCAGCAAAUGCCCCUCAUACAGAACAUUUAACUUGUAAAGAAGAAAGAGUUUGUUUUCAAUAUAGAUCUAUUCAAAUCAAACGUCUAGCAGAGAGUGUACGUCUUUCAAAUAAAGUUUCGCUUCGAAUAGAUCAAAGAGGAGUGCUUUGUGUUCAGUUACUUAUUCCACAAUCGGACCAAAUGGUGUUUGUUGAAUUUUAUUGUAUCGCUGAUGAUGAUAUUUACCAUCCAGACACAAGCUAA